AUGCCGCCAAAGCAGCGCGCAGCAGAACUCGCAAAAUUGCAGGAGGAGAACGCCGAGCUGCGACGGCGAGUCGAGGCCGGCGCUCCAGAGGAGCUUUGGGAUACGUGGCUGAGGAGUGCGGCAGAGGAGCUGCAAGAGCGGCCUGGAAGCUGGUUGGAGCGCUGGUCCAAGCAGCGGCUCUUGAUGCUCAAGGGGCAGAUCCUGCAGGAGGAAUGGGGCAUCCGCGCUGCGACGCAAGUCCUAGCAAAGCAGCAAGCAGCCCUUCGGGCUUUGCAGAGGCUCCCUGCAACUUCUGCCGCGAUGCAGGCAGUUGAGGAUGCCGUCGCCGAGGGCAAUGAGUUUGUGGCUGCACGGCCCGAUGGUGUGGCCCGUGCACACAUGGGAGCAGCUGCACGUAAAGCGCUGUCCAAGAGCAUCGCAUCAAUCCUUCAGGAUGCGGUUUCUGCACAUGGUCGCAUCUGCACCCGUGGAGCUGGUCCUGAGGCGAGGCUCCUGCAGGCGGAUCUGCGCGCGCUGGCACUGUGCGCUGCUGCACUCUUUCCGGAGCAGGCCUUGAUGCAUGCCGAGGCUCUCCCGGAAGAUGGCCUGGCUGCCAAGAUGAAGGACUUGGAGGCCCGGUUGCAUGGUCGCACGGCAAGGCAGGCCGUGCGUGCGGGCUUCGUGCACUUACGGCUGCAGGCUGCCGUUUGGAACCUGGAGCUUCACCUCCUGAGCGGAGAGAGUCGGCAUCCUGGAGUUCCGGAUUUUCGACCCGGCCGGUAA